CGCCGCGUUACACUUCUGAGCGGCUUCGGGAAGCACAGGGCAGGGGAGUGUGUGCCCAGAGCGGGGGACAGGAGGCCGGCCCAGCUCCUGUGCCAGCCCAGGGACAUACCUAGAAGCCUAGGUCAGGGUGAUGAUGGUGCGUUCUGGCGCUCACGUGUGGACAGACACACCGGCGGGUCUAUGUGCUGUGGAGGCACCUGUCUUGUGAGUGGCUCCGGGCGUGGCUGCCCUUCGGACGUUCAGUUUCUGAAGAUUUACCUCUAGGGGCCUACCUUCCCCGAGCUCCGGAGGGGAACGUGAGAAGUUUAACGGAGCCGGGACUGAGCAGAAUAAGAGGGGAACCGCGGCUGGGCCGGAGAGGGUGGGACUGCGGGUGCCAGGGGGGGAAGGAAACCACCUAUUUACCCCGUCGUCCAGCCCUAGGGCCUUUUGGCAAGACUGGCAUGACCAAAGUGGCCCUGAAAUGUCUAGAAAGCCCAGACAAUGAUGAUCACUGAGUGAGUGGCACUGGACUGAGCCUGGGCGGUUUGUUGACUGACGGAGAGGGAUGCUAGGGAGGAAACUCAGGAUGGGGACCAUCUGUUCCCCCGUCCCCAGCGGGACAAAGACCUCAUCGGAUGUCUGCAAUGCCGACUGGAUGGCCUCGCUGCCCCCUCACCUCCACAACGUCCCCCUUUCCAAUCUGGCAAUCCCAGGCUCCCAUGAUUCGUUCAGCUACUGGGUAGAUGAGAAGUCCCCAGUGGGGCCUGACCAAACCCGAGCUGUCAUGCGCCUUGCCAGGAUCUCCUUGGUGAAGAAGCUAAUGAAGAAAUGGUCUGUGACUCAGAACCUGACCUUCCGAGAGCAGCUCGACGCUGGGAUCCGAUACUUUGACCUGCGUGUGUCCUCCAAGCCAGGGGAUACCGACCAGGAGAUCUACUUCAUCCACGGACUUUUUGGCAUCAAGGUCUGGGAUGGGCUGAUGGAGAUUGACUCGUUUCUUACGCAGCACCCCCGAGAGAUUGUCUUCCUGGAUUUCAACCACUUCUACGCCAUGGAUGAGGCCCAUCACAAAUAUCUGGUUCACCGGAUGCAGGAGGCCUUUGGAAACAAGCUAUGCUCGGCCUGUAAUGUGGAGAGUCUGACCCUGCAGAUCCUGUGGGAGAAGAAGUGCCAGGUUCUUAUUUUCUAUCACUGCCCCUUCUACAAGCAAUACCCCUUCUUGUGGCCUGGAAAGAAGAUCCCAGCACCCUGGGCAAAUACCACCAGUGUGCGCAAACUAAUCCUCUUCUUGGAGACCACUCUGAGUGAGCGGGCCCCACGUGGCUCCUUCCAUGUCUCUCAAGCGAUUCUCACCCCCAGAGCAAAGACCAUCGCCCGAGGCCUGGUCGGUGGCCUCAAGAACACACUGGUUCACAGGUAA